AUGCACGUAACCUUAACCAUAAGGGAACAAUGGUUAGUCACUAUUCCAAUUAUUUCAACUUUAAAUCUAGAAAAAAGAAAAGAAAAGAAAAUUACCUCUUCAGAUAACCAAUGUAAGGAAAGGUGGAAGGAAAUUCGUGAAAGGACUGUAGUUUAG